CUCUUUAAGAUGGAUAUAGAGAACUGCAAUGGCCGCUCAUAUAUGUCUGGUAGCGGGGACUCAUCUUUGGAGAAGGAUUUCAGUGGGGCCCCAGUGGGGCCCUCUGUGAGCACCCCAAAUAGUCAGCACUCUUCACCCAUCUGCUCUCUUAGUGGUAAUUCCAUCAAGGUGGAGAUGUACAGUGAUGAAGAGUCGAGCCGACUGCUGGGGCCAGAUGAUCGGCUUCUGGAGAAGGAGGACAGUGUGAUUGUAGAAGACUCAUUGUCUGAGCCCCUGGGCUAUUGUGAUGGGAGUGGCCCAGAGCCUCACUCCCCUGGUGGCAUCCGACUGCCCAACGGCAAGCUCAAGUGUGACAUCUGUGGUAUGGUCUGCAUCGGGCCCAAUGUGCUUAUGGUACAUAAGCGCAGUCACACGGGUGAGAGGCCCUUCCACUGCAACCAGUGUGGUGCCUCAUUCACCCAGAAGGGGAACCUGCUGCGCCACAUCAAGCUGCACUCAGGGGAGAAGCCCUUCAAAUGCCCCUUCUGCAACUAUGCCUGCCGCCGGCGAGACGCUCUCACUGGCCACCUCCGCACCCACUCCGUCUCCUCCCCAACGGUGGGCAAGCCCUACAAGUGCAACUACUGUGGCCGGAGCUACAAGCAGCAGAGUACACUGGAGGAACACAAGGAGCGGUGUCAUAACUACCUGCAGUCUCUCAGUACUGAAGCCCAGGCCCUGACUGGACCGCCAGGUGAUGACAUGCGUGACCUAGAGAUGGUGCCAGAUUCCAUGCUACUACACUCGUCCUCCGAGCGGCCAACUUUUAUUGACCGCCUGGCCAACAGCCUAACCAAACGCAAGCGUUCCACACCACAGAAGUUUGUGGGUGAGAAGCAGAUGCGCUUUAGCCUCUCCGAUCUCCCCUUUGACAUGAAUUCAGGUGGCUAUGAGAAGGAUGUGGAGCUGGUUGCACAUCCCAGUUUGGAGCCCGGCUUUGGCUCACUAGCCUUUGUGGGCGCAGAACACCUACGCCCACUCCGCCUUCCACCUGCCAACUGCAUCUCAGAGCUCACACCUGUCAUAAGUUCUGUCUACACCCAGAUGCAGCCCCUUCCUGGCCGACUAGAGUUACCUGGAACCCGGGAAGCCAGCGAGGGGCAUGAGGACCUGGUUGACGGGGGCCCCCUCCUCUACCGGGCUCGGGGUCCCCUGGCUGACCCUGGGGUCUCCCCCAGCAAUGGCUGCCAGGACUCCACAGACACAGAGAGCAACCAUGAGGAGCGGGGUGGGGGAAUUAUAACGACCCCUCAGUGUCCCCCAAAUCAGCCAGUUUCUGCUCUGGUUGUGGGGAGCCGGCCCAGCCCUGCCUACGCCAAAGAGGACCCCAAGAUGCAGGAAGGGCUCCCCCGGAGUGCCCCCAGCUCUGCCAAGGACAUGCUGCGGGUGGUGGGUGAGGACGGAGAGCCAGUGAAGGCCUUCAAGUGUGAGCACUGCCGCAUCCUCUUCCUGGACCACGUCAUGUUCACCAUCCACAUGGGCUGCCACGGCUUCAGGGACCCUUUUGAGUGCAACAUCUGUGGCUACCACAGCCAGGACCGGUACGAGUUCUCCUCCCACAUUGUCCGAGGGGAACACAAGGUGGGCUAGUGCUGUCCGGCCUCCCCUGCUGUCUUCUACCCAUCCCUUCAGAGGUGUCCAGCCCUCCCAUCUCACACCUUCCCCCCCACCCCCACCCCACCACUGUCCACUUUUCUAUCCGACUCAGUUUUGCUUUUGUAGCCUGUGUGACACACAGUCCUAGUCCCUGGCUGCCUGAUUUCACACUUGACUCCUCACCAUUCCUCCCCUCUCCUUUCUUCAAGUUGCCAAGCAGAUUUAUUUAAGCGUUGUGAUGAAACAGGUCUUUUGUUUUUCUUUUUCCCAGCCUUCCGCCUCCCGAAUUCACACUAAGUUAUUUAGUAAGAUGAUUAGAUGAAGGGUUUUUUUGCCCUCUCAAAAAAAAAAAAGCCCAUCUCACACCUGCCACCCCUCUCCCUCAUUCUCUUCUCUGUCCAAGCCUCAUUUCCCUCUCUCUUCCAGCUUCCUCCACAUCCCUAGGACAAUGGGGCGGGAAGCUCUCUGGAGUUUGGAGGGGCAUUGGCCUACUGCUGUCCCUGAUCCUCACCCCUCACUUACACUGCCAGAUUCCUCAGUUCCGGUGCCGGUGCCUCCUGGCCCCACCAUAGCUCUGUGGCAUUAUAUCUCCUCUCUGGGACACCCCUUCCCUGGCACUCCAUACCUCUCUGCCCUCUCACCUUGGGCAGCUUGCACUGUUCUUGAAUGAAUGAAUGAAUGAAGGAUUUCCCCCACUUAGGGGGCUGAGGGGGUUGAAAAAGUUCACUCCAGGGCACUGUGAGGCUCAGAAUCCUCUCCCUUGUUCCCCUAAUAAUAUGAAUACUCUGAA